CCCUGCCUUGCUCUUUCCCACUCUCACUCAGCCCCAGGGAUGGCUCUGCAGGAUGUGUGCCAGUGGCAAGCCUUGGACCCCCAGGGAGCCUCCCCUUACCUGCCUCAGGCUGGUGCUUGGGCUGUGCCCCGGGGCUGGGACCCUCAGACCUUCCUACAGACCCACGGCCCCAGGCUGGCCCAUGGCACCACCACCCUGGCCUUCCGCUUCCGUGAUGGAGUCAUUGCUGCGGCUGACACUCGCUCCUCCUGCGGCAACUACGUGGAGUGUCCAGCCUCGCGCAAGGUCAUCCCUGUGCACCAGCACCUCCUGGGCACCACCUCUGGCACCUCAGCCGACUGCACCACCUGGUACCGGGUGCUGCGGAGGGAGCUGCGGCUACGCGAGCUGAGGGAGGGUCAGCUGCCCAGUGUGGCCGGCGCCGCCAAACUCUUAUCUGGCAUGAUGUCGCGCUACCGGGGACUGGAUCUAUGCGUGGCCACCGCCCUGUGCGGCUGGGACCGCUCCGGGCCUGCCCUCUUCUACGUCUACAGCGACGGCACCCUUCUGCAGGGGGACAUCUUCUCGGUGGGCUCUGGAUCUCCCUACGCCUAUGGUGUGCUGGAUCGCGGCUACCGCUACGACAUGAGCACCCAGGAAGCCUACGCCCUGGCCUGCCGCGCUGUGGCUCACGCCACCCACCGCGACGCCUACUCGGGGGGCUCCGUAGACCUCUUCCACGUGCGGGAGAGUGGUUGGGAGCACGUGUCCCGCAAUGAUGCCUGGGUGCUGUACUCUGAGCUGCAGAAGCUCUCUGGGCUAGAGAAGGAAGGGGAGGAGGAGGCCACCUCCGAGAGAGCCGGCCCAGGCAGAGAACCAUCUGUGGGACCGGCCCCGGGAGACUUGAGGAUGCCUUCAGAAAUGGAGAAGCUGUGAGCAGCGGCAGGACCUGGGGAGCCCAGCCCAGGGAGUGGGUGGGAGAUGGGACCACAGGGGGAGCAGACUCACAGCAUCUGGCUCCUGCUCUUUGGUGUUGCUGGCUUCAUUUGUUCCAAGUCUCCAUCCCUUUCUCCUCGCGGAGCUAUUGAUGGCUCUGUCCGACGUGUUCCGGUUGGCACCCAAUAGAUUGAUCCAACCUCCA